AUGACACGGUAUUCGAAGCAGGUGAGGAAUAGUACAAACCAUUCGUUUAUCAUCUGUCAAACCGUCACAGUUUCUAGAUAUCCGCCACGGGAAUACUUCAUCCUGACUGACGCCGGGAAACCCGUCUUCAUUAGCCGACCAGGAGGUACAGACCAAGAUAAUAUGGCCUCCACCGUUGGCGUCAUGCAAGCCUUGAUCUCCGUUUUCCUAGACGAAGGCGACAAAUUGCGCUGUAUCAACGCUGGACGGACGAGGAUCACAUUUUUGCUUCGUUCUCCUCUUUAUUAUGUCUGUGCUUCUUCAUGGGGAGAACCAGAGUCUGUCACAAGAGCCCAUUUAGAAUAUCUUCACUUGCAGAUUCUUAGUAUUGUCACGGCGACGCAGCUUCGUCGCAUUUUUGAACGUAGGACAAACUUUGAUUUGAGGCGACUAUUGAAUGGGGCAGAACCCUUCAUGACUUCUUUAUUGGACCGGCUUGAGGGUGAUUUGGCAAUGACCACAGCAUCACUGCAUUGUCUCAAAUUGGAUCCGAAUCUGCGGAAACGCAUCGCGGAUACUCUUGUCCCACACUCCAAGAUAAAGGAUAUUCUCUACGUUAUCCUCAUUGCAAAGGAUAAGGUAGUGACCUUGAUACGACCGAGGAAGCAUUCAAUCCAUCCCGCAGACUUGCACAUCAUUUUGAAUACGCUCCACUCCCCUUCGAUAUUAAACUCACCUGCUUCGGCAUCUUGGAUUCCUUUCUGUCUUCCCAAAUUCAAUCCGAGUGGGUUUGUGAACGCAUUCAUUGCGUUUCUGCGAAAAGACGACACUGGCGCACAAAUCUGCAUCACGGGAGGGGGAGAUUUUGAAGUCAUCAGGGGAUGGUGUGAGACUGUGAUCACUAGGCUCAAAGAAGAAGGCACUCUGCAUGCGCUGGUUAACGCUUUCGAGUCUCGAGAGACAGAGUACUCCGUUUCGGAGUUGGGCAUACCUGGCCUUCGGCACUUCGUCUACAAGUCUCGGGCACAGGUGCAAGUAACAUUGCCUUCAUUUGAAGAUCCUUACGAUAGCACGCAGGAGAGAAGGAGACUUGUGACACUUUAUCAGACGCUGCAUGACGCUAUUCACGCGAGAUCAGGGCAAGAAGGGCCGCUUAAACUGCAAUACAUACGAACGGAAACGGAGAGCGUUAUGGGCUGGAUCACGCAGCCGUUCGAACUGUACAUUGCGUUGUCUCCUCGAUUACCCAAGAGUGCUGCUGUAGGCGCUGCGAACGCCGUGGCUCGCUGGGUGAAGAAGGAGGAAUCACGGUUAUUUCUGCAAAAUGCACCUGUAUUUUAG